AUGAUGAUGAUGAUGGUGAAGAAGAAGAGGAAGAAAAAUAAGAUGAAGGAAGAACAUGAGCAAGAAAAAGAAAGAAGAAGAGCAACAACGACAAGAAGAAGAAGCAAGAAUGAGGAAAGGAAGAACAAAAACAAUAACGAGAAGGACAAGAACAAGGAAAAGAAUAUAAGAACGAAACAAGAACAUCAAGAAGAAAGCAACAAAAAGGAGAAGUAGAUGAAGAUGACGAAGAACAAGAGCAGGAAAAAGAUGAUGAAGCAGAAGAACAAGAACAAUAACAACAAUAAAACAAUAACAAAAACAGCAAGAACAAAAAGAAAGACAAAGAACAAAACAGAAACAACUACGAGGAGGACAAAACGAGAAGAAAAAGAAUAAAACAAGAACAAGAGGAACCAAAAAAAACAAGAACAUCAAGAAGUAGAUGAAGCUGAAAGAGCAAGGUCAAAAGCGAGAGGAUGACGAUGAUAAAGGACAAGAACAAGAAUAAAUUAAGAACAACAGCAAGAAGAAGAACGACAAUAAGAACAACAUCAGCAAGACGAAGAACAAAACAACAACACCAACAAGAAAAACAACAAGAACAGCAGGAACAACAUUUUAAUGUAGAAUAACAUUUUAGAAUAUACUAGGGUCAAGGAUACCUGUAUAAUAGCUUAUUGAGCUAAGCAUAAACUCCACAUUACAUAAAGCACUUAGCCUAUGUUUAUCUUAUCUUAAGAUGGUAAAUCAAUAUAUAACCUAAAUAAUACGGUCCAGUCCAGAGAAUACUCCCAUGAGGCACGCCACUUUUGGUUAGGGGAUUUGACAAUGCAAUGCUGACCGCCUGGGUUCUAUUGUGCAAAUAAUUUGAAAACCAAUUUAGAGAGUUCCGCUUUAUGCCACAUCUCUCUGACUUUUUGAUAAGUGCCUCAUUUGGCACAGAAUCGAAGGACUUUCUUAGGUCGAUAAACACAGCUCCCAAGAACUUUAUGAGGGUCAAUGCCUCGAUAGAAUCGCAAAAGAACAUUACCGCGGUGAGUGUGGAGUGGUGCUGCCUGAAACCAACUAAAAGGGACUUAAUAAAUCGCUGUGCUUUAGAUAGUGUUGAAGGUGACGUUCACCACCUCAGAAAUUCUGGAUACAACUGGAAGUAUUAAUCGGUCGAUAGGUAUCCAUGAUUGCCUGUCCACCACACUUGUACAACGGCACCACCUUUGCUUUCUUCCACUAUCAGACGCUUAGCCAGUCGACAAAGAGAAAUAAACCAUGUGCCUUACCGAGGAAACUUUAACGCUGGCAUCGUCGUUUCAUUUCAAAAGACUAGCUGGUGUGUUGUCCAGACCGGUGGAGCCACCGACCUUUUAACUGACAAGAACGCUCUUAAUGUCGGCGUUAAGUCUCGCUUGCUUAGAGAUUAG